UGCAGGAACUGUUCUGCCUCAAAAGAGCAACUGGAGAAGCAAGUCUGUCCAGAACGGUGGAACAGCUUCAAGUUCAGCUGUUACUACAUUUCUAAUGAGGAGAAGAACUGGGACACCAGCCGGCAGUACUGUACAGACAGAGGAGCAGAUCUGGUGAUCAUUAACAGCAAAGAGGAGCAGGCCUUCAUUGACCGCUUUAAUGGUCGUUUCUGGAUUGGACUGAGUGACAAAGUGAGAGAAGGAACCUGGAAAUGGGUGGAUGGUACAAUAAUGCCACAGUACGAAGGAAACUGGAGGUCUGGAGAGCCUAACAACUAUGAACGAGAUGAAGACUGCGUAGAAACCAGAAUAAUGGAUCCUGAACCCAAUAAGAGAUGGAACGACCUGCCCUGUGACAAUGUUCUGCGAUGGGUCUGUGAAAAACAGGCCAGUAGCUAAUGGAUUACAUUCACACGUACAUUUUUUCUUGCUCUCAUUGUUAUUAAUAUACUUCUGAUUAAAACAUAGUAAUUCAUUUC